CUUACAGACUGGUGUUUCUCUCCGGAGGAAUCAUUGAGUUGCACAGCCUCGAAGAAAACGAUUUUCCAGCGAGGAGAAAAUCAACAAGAAAUGUUGUAGUUUUAGCCAAACGGCUGUGCUUUCUUAUGCGUGUUAGUGCGCACAGCAGACAUGGCCAGUGUGAACAUGGAUCCUGAUGUUGCCCGGAGGCUGUUUGAGGAGGGAGCCACCCUGGUGCUGCUCGGGGUUCCUCAGGGCACAGAGCUUGGCAUUGACUACAAAAGCUGGCAGGUUGGUCCUCGCUUCCGGGGUGUGAAGAUGAUUCCCCCAGGCCUGCACUUCCUCCACUACUGCUCCGUCAGCCCCCCCAGCUGUGGAGGGGGGAUAGGCCCGAAGACAGGCCUCUUCCUCAGCCUCAAACCCAGAGAGCUUCUCUUGGCUAAAUGGGAUCCCAAAGAAGAAGAUUUUGACUUUUCAGCUUCCCAGAACGAGGAGGAGGUGAGCCGGAUCCGGGCCAACCUGCAGGACCUGGACCCGUUCCUGGGGCCGUAUCCCUAUGAGGUCAUGAGGAAGUGGGUGUCCCUGACGGACCGCCUGAGCCAGGAGGUGGCCAGUGAUUUGCAGCCCCUGUCGGGUCGAGUGUGUGCCUUUAGCGACGUCAUUCCCGAGCUGCAGCUCAAACACACCAAGGACAGAUUGGAGCAGAAUCUGCCCAGGAAUGACAUGGCCUGCCAGAGCAUGAAAGAGGGCCUUGACAAGCUCCCCAAGAUGAAGACCAGGGAGGGGACGGAGCUGCGCUUCUCUCAUAUCCCGAGGCAGACCUACCCUCCUGGUGCGACACCAGCCCAGAUAACCCAGUGCAGCCUGGAUCUGAGCUACGCCCUGGAGACUCUGCUGGAGAAGCACCACAAGCUGCAGCCUCUCAAUGUGUUAGGUGAGCUGCAGUUUGCCUUUGUGUGUUUCCUGAUUGGAAAUGUGUACGACGGCUUCGAGCACUGGAAGCGUCUCCUGGCUCUGCUGUGCCGCUCAGAGGAGGCCAUGCGCAACCGGAAGGACCUGUAUCUGGGGCUCAUCGCCGUGCUGUACCACCAGCUCGGAGAAAUCCCGCCAGACUUCUUUGUCGAUAUAGUAUCCCAGAACAACUUUCUCACCUCCACACUGCAGGACUUUUUCCAGUUUGCGAGUGGGCCUGGGGUGGACAGCACACUGCGCAAGAGAGCAGAGAAGUUCAAAGCCCACCUGACGAAGAAGUUCCGUUGGGAUUUUGACGCGGACCUGGAGGACUGUGCCCCUGUGGUGGUGGAGCUGCCUGAAGGUGUUACACUAGACUGACCCUGCUCUGCUCUGGAUUCAACAUUCCUACUGCAGCCAGGAGCAUAGAGCAGAGCUGAGACCAUUUCAGACAGUGAAGGUAACCAGUGGGACCCACAUUGAGUGGCAGAAAGGCAUUCAACUGAUGACCCACAUCAGUUGGAACUAUUUUCAAGACACUUGAGGAAACUGGAGCACUACUACUGCUGUUGCAGUUCUCAAAAUCAUCUUGCAGUCUUCUAGUUUGGAAUUGCCAGCACUAUUGGUCCAGUAUGUUUUAAGGGUGUUGCAUGUGGGCUAUACAGUGUUGUCCACAUACAUUUUUUUUGCACCUUGCUAUGGAAAGCAUGACAUGUUGGUAAGUCAUUACCAGUGUUACAGGUAGGGAAGAGCUACACUAUACGUCGUGUCAGUGGUUCCCUCUGCUGGUUCUACAUAUGAUCUGCAAGCAGGCUAAAAUUAAUUGCUUCACACCUUUAGAACUACUGCUGCAUUGAGUUUUGAUACUAAAACCAAUCCCUGAUAAACUAAUUAAAUUGGAGAAUAAAGAAAUACAAUUUUUAAAAAUGAUACUGUAAGAUUAUAAUGAAUGUUGCAGUAUUAUCAAUUACUGAGCUUCAUGAGUGAUGGAGCCCUUAAAAUUCACCAGACCUGAUAACUGUAUGAGUGAGGGCACAGUAAUUGUGAGCUGUCAUCUUAUUAUCACCUCAAUUUAUAAUAAUUCCACACGAGGUGCAGGGUCGGGCUUGAGGAAGGGAAACACCAGGUUUCUGUCAAUGAUGCAGGGUCUGUGAUGGAGUGAGAUGCCUUUAUUUCCUAGUUAUAGCUCAUUUAUCUUCCCGAGUGCAAGGUCAGUACUAAUAACAGCUGAAAUAAUGUUUAGUGCACAUGGAGGUCCUUCAUCGUGAUGUUACUUAAUUUGUAAUGCUCAGCUGGGCUUGUAUUUGCCUUUUUUUUUUCUUUUUAAAGUUACAAGCGUUUCAUUUCCAUUCUCAAGCCACUGGUAGGCCGCUCAUGCCCUGUUUUCAUCCAGGAAAACAUUGUGACCAAUGAAGAGCGAAAUGCAUCACGAGAUGAAGAUAAUAAUUUUAUCACAUUAGUCAUCGCACUCCACCUUGUUCCAAAUUGUGUGAUUGGAGUGAUUCCAUGCAGGGUUCAGCAAUACAAAACCACCAUAGCACUUCACCAUAGUAAAGUUCAGUAAAUCCUGUUUUGUUGCCAUACUCUUCAGACUAUUUGAGAAAGCAGUCUGCAGCUGGUUAUAAGAAUGAAUUGAUGAAAUAAAAAAUGCUACACCUUAUAUUGUCCUGAACAUUUUUUAACCAGGCUUGAUUUUUGUAACCAGUCUUGAGUUUUCCUUUCAAUAAAUACAUGACUUUUGCUAUAAAUUGACUGUGUAUUG